CGUUGGCUAUAGUCUGCCAGCCGGGUUGCGGAUGAUCCGCCGGGACCAGCAUGGCCCGCAAUUGCUGUGGGCGCUGCGUGGUCUUCCUGGUCGCCGCGCUGGUGCUGGACGCGGCUGGGCUGGCCUUGCUGCUGGCGGGCGGCGUGGGGAGACCGUCUCGGGACGGGCACUCCUUUGAAGAUUUCUUAAUGCUGACCGGGGGGCUCCUGAUCUUCCUGUCGCUGCUUUGCUGGUUGUUCUGGUAUUCGGGGAACCUGCGCGGGGUGCCGGCCGAAGAACUGCCGCUCGGGGCGCACGCUGGUUUCCCCGAACCCCGCAGCCACGCCAACUUCCUGCGCUUAGCGGCCAAGCUGUCCGAGCGCCUCUCCCAGCGCCGCCGGCCGGCGCCUGCGCCCUCCUUGCUCUCUGCCUUUGGGCCCCCAGCGCAGACCCAGAAAACUCCAGCCUCGUUCCGCCCCGACGGGCCCCUGGAACUCGGCCGCCUCCGCACAGCGGUGCCUCUUAGCCCUGGGGCAAUAGAGGAGCGACUGGUGUAAAGCAUCGCCUUUGGGACCGGGAAAAAAAACCAGGUCAGGUCUUCUAUUUAUGCUCCACAUUGCCAUUUACUGAUGGAACAUCCUGCCAUGCCUCUCCUACUGGAAAAGCUUGGAUCUUGGUGUGUUGGCCUUCUACCUGGCUUCGUCAGAGACUAUUCCAUCCAAAUAUUACAGUGUCGCCUCUUCUGUGUACUGUUCACACAGAUACAGCUUUGGAUGGCAUGAAGAGUUGCUUGACCAAUGGAGUCUGUUGCCUUAGGCUUUUGAGAGACUUCUAACGCUGAAUUUUUGUGAAGGAUUUUAAUUGCCGCAGCUUGGCAAUACUGCGUUCAUUUUUGAUAGCAGGCUCUGGUAUUAUGUUGUGCCCAAAGGGACUUGUCAAGACUGUGGCUGAACUGCAUCUGUGGAACUAUGCAAACAAAGUGGCCUUCCCUUUGGAGCUAUCAUCUCUCAAGACGUUGGGGUAUGGCUAGAUGAUGCAAAUGCACUUGUUUACAAUUAAAGUGAAGAAUGGGUAGAGUUUUUUUAAUAAUAAAAUAUUUUUAUUUUUUUAAGA